CGGAAGCGGUGUGGCUACGUGGGAGCUGGGAUUCCAUCCCCGCUGGGCUGCCGCCCCUUCUGGGCUGCCGCAAUGGAACUCAGCGCCGAGUACCUCCGGGAGAAGCUGCAGCGGGACCUUGAGGCAGAGCACGUGGAAGUCGAGGACACGACUCCCAACCGUUGCGCGUCCAGCUUCCGAGUCCUGGUGGUGUCGGCCAAGUUCGAGGGGAAGCCGCUGCUUCAAAGACACCGGCUGGUGAACACGUGCCUAGCAGAAGAGCUUCUGCACAUCCAUGCCUUUGAGCAGAAAACUCUGACCCCAGAGCAGUGGACCCGUGAGCAGCAGAAAUAAAGAGACCUAGGCCUGCACAGCCACUAAAUUAUGAAUCAGGGCCAGCUUCUGUGUCAGCGUGUUGUGGGGGGGAGGGUGGGAAGGGUGCUGAGCUUUAAUCUAGAGCCUGGUUUCUCCCUGCCCCACCCCACCCCCACUCUCCAUUGUCUUACUUUGGACAAGUCUUUCACACAUCCACAAGGCCUUAAGUAUUGAAUCAGAUAAAAAAACAAAACAAAA